UAUAAAAACUUUGUAUACAUUUCAAGCUUGAAACAGAACAGAAACUGAAACUGCAAUGGGUGUUGUCCAUGGCAUGGUAGACUGGAAGAGAAAACCAGUCAACAAAGACAAACAUGGUGGAAUUGGAGCAGCGACAUUUAUACACUUUUUGGUGGUUAUGACGAACCUAACAUUCAUAGGGAAUGUAUUCAACUUGGUUACAUAUUUCCGUCAAACCAUGCACAUGGAUGUAGCGACUGCUUCAACAGCAGUAACUAACAUCAUGGGUGUAGCUUCUGCAUUCGCGUUGGUUGGAGGAUUCUUCUCAGACUCAUACAUAACUAGGUUUACUGCCAUACUAGUGUUUGGUCCCUUCGAGUUCUUGGGAUAUGUAUUAUUAGCAACGCAAGCACAUCUUCCAUCACUUCAACCACCAGUAUGUGAUAUCUCGGUGCAAUUUGAUAACUGCAAACAAGUUCACGGUUACAAUGUGGUUAUACUCUACGUAGGUGUAUACGUUCUUUCCUUUGGAGAAGGCUGCUUAAGAGCAAACCUUGCAUCCUUUGGUGGAGAUCAGUUUGACGACAAUGACCCAAUUGAGUUACAACAAAAGUCUAGCUUUUUCAAUUGGUACACUUUCAGCAUUUCACUUGGAGCUAUUAUAGGUCUCACCCUAAUAGUAUGGAUUCAAGAGAAUAAAGGAUGGGAUUUUGCUUUCACUUUGUCAGCUGGCUUAGUUCUAAUAGGGUUGAUUGUGGUAGCCUCUGGUGUCUCAUUCUACCGUAACCUAAUACCAACAGGUAGCCCUCUAACAAGGAUGUUGCAGGUUUUGGUGGGUGCAUACCGAAAACGCAAGCUUCAGUUCCCUGAAAUUGAUGAGGAAAUUUACUUAGCAUAUAACAAGGGAGAGAAUGUUGGUGAAGUACUUCCACACACCAAAGGGUUAAAAUGGCUAGACAGGGCAUCAAUUUCUGAUGGAAAAACUGGAAACUGGUAUCUUUGUAGUGUUAGCCAAGUAGAAGAGAUGAAAAUCGUUCUUCGAAUGGUCCCAGUUUUUAUUAGUUCAAUGAUCUGUUACAUUCCCAUCCCUUUACUCCUAACAUUAACAAUACAACAAGGAGGCACGAUGAACACCAAGUUGGGUGCAAUUCAUGUUCCACCAGCAUCUCUCUUUGUCAUUCCCGUAAGUUUCCAGCUGGUGAUGCUAGUUAUUUAUGAUCGACUAUUUGUACCAUUCGCUCGUAAGAUCACGAGGUGCCCAACUGGCAUAACUCACUUGCAACGAGUAGGUGUCGGUUAUGUAGCUACAAUAUCAGCGACUGUUAUAGGGGCCGUGAUUGAGAAGAAAAGGAAAGGCGUGGCAGAGGCUCAUGGAUUACUGGAUUCAGGCAACCAAGUGCCCAUGUCUGUUAUGUGGUUGGGUCUCCAGUUCUUUGUUCUGGGCAUCAAUGAUGUGACCACAUUUGUUGGGUUGCUCGAGUUUUUCAAUACUGAAGUCUCAAGAGGGAUGAAAUCCUUGGGGACUGCUAUAUUUUUUUGCAAUAUCGGGUUGGCUUCUUUCAUUUCAUCUAUUGUUGUCAAUAUAGUUAAUAAAGUUACAAGACAUGGAGGGAUUGGCUGGUUAGAAGGAAAUAACAUUAACAGGGACUACAUCGACCGGUUCUAUUGGCUACUUUCUGUUCUUGGAUUCUUGGGUUUCUUGAACUACAUGUAUUGGGCAAGGAGGUAUACAUAUCGACAGCAUAAUCUUACUCCUGUUAGCUAAAAUGUCGCUACUAAACAGGAAAAUGUUUUUCCAUGCUUUUUGUAUAUUCCAAUUUCCAUAAAUAUCAACCGUUUCUCAUGUGUUUUAACUUCA